CGCCCGUUUCGGUGUGCGGGAAAAUGGUGUCGCUCAAGCUUCAAAAGCGCCUUGCCGCUUCCGUCCUCAAAUGCGGCACGCGAAAGAUAUGGAUGGAUCCGAACGAGAUAAGCGAAAUAUCCAUGGCGAACUCGCGACAAAACAUAAGAAAGCUCGUAAAGGACGGUUUUGUCAUCCGCCAGCCUCAUAAGAUCCAUUCUCGAGCACGCACAUUGCGAGGCCUCGCUGCCAAGCGCCUGGGACGCCACACUGGACAUGGUAAGCGAAGAGGUACCCGUGAAGCCCGCCUGCCGACGAAAGUACUUUGGCUCCGCCGUCACCGCGUCCUCCGUCGCCUUCUGAGAAAGUAUCGCGAGGCGAAGAAGAUAGACAAACACAUGUACCACGAGAUGUACUUGAAGUGCAAGGGCAACGUCUUCAAGAACAAGCGCGUGCUCAUGGAGGCGAUUCACAAGACGAAAGCCGAGAAAGCUCGCGAGAAGUCGAUCGCGGAUCAGUUCGAGGCACGACGGUCAAAGAGCAAGGCCUCUCGAGAGCGCAAGAUUGCUCGUCGCGAAGAGCGCCUCGCUGCUGGAGCAGCCAUGGAUGCCCCUACCAAGACAGGGAAGUGACAGAGUUUUGAACAUAAUAUCUCUAUAUCUGUUUGAAUCACACGGCUAAGAGUAAUUUUU